GCCCGAGCGCGGGGCUCCCGGGAUAAGAGCCGCCGCAGCUCCCGAUCGCGACCCUGCUCCCGGUCGCUGGCCCAUCCCGGCCACCUCUUUGGCCAUGGCUCUGGCGGACAGCACCCGAGGAUUACCCAACGGGGGUGGAGGCGGGGGUGGCAGCGGCUCGUCGUCGUCCUCGGCGGAGCCGCCGCUCUUCCCGGACAUCGUGGAGCUGAACGUGGGGGGGCAGGUGUAUGUGACCCGGCGCUGCACCGUGGUGUCUGUGCCCGACUCGCUGCUCUGGCGUAUGUUCACGCAGCAGCAGCCGCAGGAGCUGGCCCGGGACAGCAAAGGCCGCUUCUUUCUGGAUCGGGACGGCUUCCUGUUCCGCUACAUCCUGGAUUACCUGCGGGACUUGCAGCUCGUGCUGCCCGACUACUUCCCGGAGCGCAGCCGGCUGCAGCGGGAGGCCGAGUACUUCGAGCUGCCGGAGCUCGUGCGUCGCCUCGGGGCGCCCCAGCAGCCGGGUCCCGGGCCACCGCCGCCGCACUCGCGCCGCGGGGUCCACAAGGAGGGCUCGCUGGGCGACGAGCUGCUGCCGCUGGGCUACUCGGAGACCGAGCCGCCGCAGGAGGGCGCCUCGGCCGGGGCGCCGUCGCCCACGCUGGAGCUGGCUAGCCGCAGCCCGUCCGGGGGCGCGGCGGGUCCCCUGCUCACGCCGUCCCAGUCCUUGGACGGCAGCCGGCGCUCCGGCUACAUCACCAUCGGCUACCGCGGCUCCUACACCAUCGGGCGCGACGCCCAGGCGGACGCCAAGUUCCGGCGGGUGGCGCGAAUCACGGUGUGCGGCAAGACGUCGCUGGCCAAGGAGGUGUUUGGGGACACCCUGAACGAGAGCCGGGACCCUGACCGGCCCCCGGAGCGCUACACGUCGCGCUAUUAUCUCAAGUUCAACUUCCUAGAGCAGGCCUUCGAUAAGCUGUCUGAGUCGGGCUUCCACAUGGUGGCGUGCAGCUCCACCGGCACCUGCGCCUUUGCCAGCAGCACCGACCAGAGCGAGGACAAGAUCUGGACCAGCUACACCGAGUACGUCUUCUGCAGGGAGUGAGAUCCCCAGACCCCUUGCCAUUCCUGCACCCGCUUCCCUUCCUCCACGCCGGGUGUGGGUACAGGCUUAGAGAUGCCCUAGCCCCCUUCCCCUGGUGCCCUGGUUCCCUCUGCUCCCCACCCCGCCCCCUCCGCCCUCAGUAGCUCACCCAGACCGGUCAGCUCCCUUGAAAAUCGCAGCCACAAAUCUGGGCUUCUUCGCCUUCGUUGGACCCCGCUAACCGAGAGUGCGCAGACGUAGCCCUUCUUCACCUCCGCUUCCUCUACUCCUGGCCUCCGAGCACCCUUCCCCCAGACUGAACUUGAGUGGAGAUCUAGUGGGGCAGUGGGAGCGCAAAGUCACCAAGUACCUGUGAAUGACCCAGUCGUUCAGGACCCGAUUGGACGGUGUCCAGCGUGCAGUGCGGAAGAGUCUUUGGAAUCUCAAGUCGAUAGAGAUUUCAGAGAUGAGGACAGAGAGCUCUGUGAGGGGACAGUGUUUUAAAAGGUUCUUACGGACUUGAUCUUCAUAGGAGAAAGUUUUAGUAGACCACCGAUGGAAGACUGUAAUGCUGGAAUUAACACCCCAUGGAGGCAGUUCAGAGGCUGUAAAUAAAGUGACUUUUUUUUUUUUUUUAAGUUACAGGUAGGAGUAAAUCCUAGUCCAGGUAACAGGAGGUUCCUAUUUUCCACACACAAUAGACCUCCCGUGGCUUGAACGUGAUCCUCCUGCCUGCGGAGGAUCUUGUCAGCUUUUGCCUGAGCUUUAGGUUUUAUUGGUCAAGGCAGCACUUGGAGCCAGGAGCUAGGAGCAGGAGGCAAGGCUGCCCAGGCCCCCAGCGCUGCAGGAAGUCACUUGGCAGUGGCAGUAAUGCAGGGGUGUUAGUAGGAUCUACAGCCCUUAGGUCUAGGACUAGUGGGAGGG